AUGUCGUACCAUGUUGACACAGGCGGUGUGCGCACUGCGACCGCAAUGCAUUAUUUUGGAUAUUUUCUUAAAGAUGGCGGAUUUCUAGCACGAUUAAAGGUAUGUUGGCGCUCUAUUUUCUGCCACGUUUUAAAGUUUAAACUUUUUGUUUUUUAUUAAAAAGGAAGUUACAUGUAAUAUUGUUGUGCCGUGUUACUUUUCAAAUCGAUAAUUUUUGGAAUUCGAUAAAAAAUAUCAUUUGAUUGUAAACUCGUGUAUUUUUGCCAAAUACACUGGUCCAUUUACUUUUACAUGUCACAGCUUAACCGUUCACACAUCACAUUUAAAAUUGCAAUUGGCAUAAUCUAUGACCAUUAUUUGUGACCAUAUUUAAUAGCGCCCCUUGGCGCCCCUCAAUAUUGUAUAUUUUUUGGUCUUUUAUCUCAUGAUAUUUCCUUUGCUAAUUUCAGGUCUUCUUGUCCAGAGUUCAUGUUCUCCCGCUAUUUUGGGGAAGCGUUCGUGCAUCCCAGAGUCCCAUACGCCAGGCAAACAAAAAACAAAGCGGCAACGAAAUAAUAAACGCAAAAGAGAAGCAAAAAAAAAUUUCAAAUGGAAAAAAUAAUUGUGUCAAAAUGAGCAAGACACAAUACACAAUACACAAUGGCAGACUGUUGGACAACCGAAGAACAGACUUAAUGGGACUGUUUCAUAUUUGA